AUGGCUGCAUUUCAACCAAGAACGGAUAAAACGUAUUUACCUAAGAAAAAGAUUUUAGAUAGCCAAUUAAAUUCAUCAAGUUGGUUACGUAGUGAAUUCUCAACGAGAGCGAGUGGUAAAAUUUCUCCUAUAUAUGCAAAAUGGAUGAAAGCCAGUCAAGAAAAGAUUCGAUAUAGCAAGGACGCAGAUCUCAAUGGGAAUGGUUAUCACGGUAAUAUUUGGAAAGAAUUUUACGUUGAUCAGGAGACAUUAGAUAACGAUGAUUUACUUGAUAAUGAAGAUAGCUAUAAUACAACUAGUCCAAAAGGUAAACAUCGUGAUAUAACAGACCUGAUAGCUCAACUUUAUCCUAUUAAACUGCCGUAUGUGGCAUGGGUUGGUGAAAAUAACAUCAGCCAUUACGAAAGACAAAUCGCAAAGAAACAAAAAAACACGAUUGCAUCAAAUAAUAACGAUCGCUAUCAACGUAUCGAUUAUAAAUUGUUAAAAUUUCAAACUGAUGGUAGAAUGCCUCCAAUUAAUAGCCAAGGUCGUGUUAUAUCUUAUUCUAUUCCCUAUAAAUCGACACAAGGCAAGAAAAGAGUAAGCUAUCAUCUAAAUAAUAAUCAACGUAAAGACGAAAUAAGACAAGCAGAUAAAGCAGCAAACUCUGUGCUUGGAUUACAAAUUUCAAAUUUACCUUUAUCUGCAAGAGUAUCAUCGAAGCCCUUAAUGAAUUCUAGUUUAAAAAAGAAAAAAUCCAAUCAAAGGUCAGCGGGUACCAGUCGCGAAUCAAACAUAAUCAUAACCUUAAAUGAUAAUCAACAAAUAGAAGAAUAA